AUCAAAGGAAAAAUUGAACUUUUCUACCAGCGAGUUUAUUCAAUGAUGGUUUCUAUACAAGCACUAUACAAUUUCUUGUGCUUUCCGUCUCUUCUUUUAUUUUCUUUUCCUUUUUUAUAAUAUUAGUUUGAUCUGAUCAAAGUCUAUCAUGUUUAUCCCCAACUUCCUUUUUGAUCACCACACAUACUAUUUGUAAUCCAUCUGUUUUCUAAAUCACUAACUAGCCAUGGGUUUGGAUGGUGAGAGACAUGCUAAAAGAAGGAAAACCAAGCCCGAAGAUGAUCAACAACAAACUACUGGGAUGGAAAGCCAACCACACGAAAUCAUCGUUGACAUACUUUCAAGACUUCCGAUCACAUCUUUGGUUCAAUUCAAGUGUGUAUGCAGAGGAUGGCGUGCCUUAGCUCAAGACCCUCUUCUUUCUGAUAUGCUUCUUUCCUGCAAAGCUGAGGGCAACCCGUGCCUCAUCCUUCACUGUGAUUUUCCCAUCCGAAACCAGCUCUAUUUUGUAGAUUUAUCUGCUCACAACGAAGAAAAAGAGAAGGUAAAAAGGUUAUAUGUACCUUUCCAGGCUACCAUGUCUGAAUUUGAUGUAGUAGGAUCAUGCAAUGGUUUAUUGUGCUUAUCUAAUUCAUUAUACAACGAUCCAAUUUUUGUUUACAAUCCUUUUACCAUGGACUAUAUUGAGCUGCCAAAAUCUAGACAAUAUACAGAUCAGGAGGUAGUGUUUGGAUUUGGAUUCCAUCCAAAAACAAAGGAAUACAAGGUAGUUAAAAUAGUUUACUAUAGGAAUUCUAGUAGUCGCUACAGUCGUGCCCGAAGAAUCAUUUAUCGGCAAUCAAAUGUUCAAAUAUUCACUCUGGGAAGCUCUGCCUGGAGGAGUCUAGGAAAAGCAUCAUGCCAGUUUGUAAGGCGGCCUUCAGAGGCUUUAGUCAGCGGAAGACUUCAUUGGGUAAGUCAGCCACGCAGAUCUGACCCUGCUCGCCGGAUUAUGUCGUUUGACUUGGCAUAUGAACAAUUCCAAGAAGUCCCAAAACCUGAUUGUGGUGGUCUAAACAGAUGUAAUUUUCAUCUGUCUGUUUUGAAAGGUUGUCUUGCUGCAGCUGUUUAUGGAAAUUAUGGGAAAUUGGCGAUAUGGGUUAUGAAGGAUUAUAAUGUGAAGGAGUCUUGGAUCAAAGAAUUCAGCAUUGGAGCUUACAUGCCAAAAUGUUUGAAACAAAAUUUGGACCGAGACAGACCUUUGAACAUAUGGAAGAAUGCUUCAAAUGGAAAGGUUGUUCGAGUUCUUUGCUUGCUAGAGAAUGGUGAAAUCUUGUUGGAGUAUAAGAACAGAGUUUUAGUCUCCUAUGAUCCAAAGAAAGGGAAAUUUAGAGAUCUUGUAUUUCAGGGAAUACCUAAUUGGUUUCAAACAGUUGUUCAUGCAGGCAGUUUCAAUUGGAUUAAAACCCCUCCCUCCUGAUUUGUGAAAAUUGCAGCAAUGAAAAAAUGGAUAAAAGGUGAUGCUUUUCAAUAUUUGUUUGUACUUCCUGAAUAUAGAUUUGUUUCUUACCUUAUACAUCUCAUUGUGAUUUUAUGAAUGUUACACACAAUUCAAAUUUGGGAAAUUUAGAUGAUGAAUUUCUUCAUUACAAACUGCAUUUCUUUUGCACUAAUCCGCUUCUGGAAUUAGGUGAUUUCCUCUUUUCCUGUAAAAGUUAGAUAACAAUUCAUCCUUCUAGGCCACCAAUAAGAGGAUAAGGUAACCAAACAAAGGAAAAACAGAUUUGACAAUUGCGUAUCAAGACAAAGUUAAAAAAAACUCAACCACCACGUACGGAUGAUUUAAAAUUCUGAUGCCUGGCAAUAUACAGGUAAUGUUAAAUGAUAUGUGAAUCUAUUUCAAACCGUAAAACUGGUUUAUAUGCAUGUGAACAGAGUUUGUUUAGCUCCUGACUCGCUUGAAUCAUAAUUGUGGAUUAAGAUAAUCAACAAAAAGUUGCAACAAGCUAAUAACUUUGUUCUACAUUUUUUUCUCAAAUUAGGCUCAAGUUUAUGAAAUGAGGAAUUAUUCAAUCUUAGAAGAGCAUAGGACUGGUAGUUAGACCACUUAAUCUUGCACAUUAAAAAAAGGCUUGGAAAAAGAGAAAAACCCUCUGGUGAUGCUUUUUCCACUGAUCCAAAGUUGAAUAAAAUGCCCUAAAGUCAAGUCACGAGGGGCCUAUGAUGUGUCCUCUAGUGGCACGUGCAGAGGGUUUCCCUGAAUCGAGCUCUCCCCGUUGAAAUGUUUGAAAGUGACAAUGAUUACCAUUUUACAUAUUUUUAACUAUUUUCCAUUAUCUUGCCCCAUCCCUUGCAGGCUGCAGCAGCUACACUUUUUCCAGUCUUUCUGUAAUGUAUAAAUCUUUUCUGCAUUCUGUUUUCCACUAAUGAAUGAAAACAAUACAAAUUGCACCAUACAAUCUCUUUGACGCUUUUCCAUGACUAUAUCUGACAUCAGUCCUAACCAAUGCAAGCAUGCUCAA